AUGGGAUCAGCGCCACCAGCUCGGCUACAGACAGUACGUUUCCAUUUUCGCCGUGGUCUCCAUGAUNNUCGCCAUGUUCGCGAGGGACGAGGGGUUCGUGUCUCGAUGCGGCAGUACUUCCAUGCCGCAUGGGGUCUCUUUCAGAGCAGGGCGGUUGCCGGCGUUGGUCUCUUCUACUUCGUAAGGGGUGUGAUCGCGAAACUCUUCACCACAGCGGGCAUGUGGGUCAUGAUGGAGUGGGCCGGUGUGAAGAGCUUGCAAAUGCAGUUGUGCUCCAUGCUUGGCGUCUUCGCAUCCUUGUUCGGCAGCUGGCUCUUGCAGAAGUACAUGCUGAAUGUAAGCUGGCGAAAGAUCAUGGUGGUCGCCACGGUCGUUGGUGUAGCUUUGGAUGCCAUUCCGACGUUUCUGACCAUCUUUGGUGUGGUGCGAAACGAGUACUUCUUCCUUGGCGAGUCUGUCGUCAGUGCUGUGCCCGAGUCCAUGGCUGUUCUUGUCAGCAGCUUCAUUGUGAACGAGUUGGCCGACAGUUCCAAUUGUGGCUUGAUGGCAGGGCUCUUCACCACCAUCAACAACGUGGCAAAUCCGCUGGGAUUGUUGCUGGGGAACCAGAUUUUCGGGUUGUUCCAGCCAGCGCUCUACGAUCAAGACAACUUCGUGGAGGAUACACCGGCCUUCCGCUGGACGGUGGGCUAUUCUUACGCCCUGACCUAUGCCCUCAUCCUCGUGCCACUCUUCAUCCUGCGUUUGCUUCCGAGCCAGAAGAGCCACGCUCAAAGACGCAAGCGGGAAUGGAGGCACAGGUGUUACUACGCAGUGGUGGCAGCGAUUGUGUUGAGCGUAUCGCUCGCGUACACCUUGGUGGGUGACGUCUUCGACAUGGAUCCAGUCCUGGCCUGCCACAGGUUCGUNNGCUAA